ACUGUACAGACAAGUCUCUCUCUCUCUCUCUCUCUCUCUUCCUCUGUGUUGAGACAAGAGUGACGCAAAGCUCCGUUCUUGUAAGAAGAUUUCUUCUCCUACUGUAAGGGCGCAAACCCAUUGUCAAGCCCAACCGAAAGAUCGAAUCUUUUUUUCCAACCAUGCAAAACCCGCCGCCGCCGUCGCCCACCGCAACCGCCGCAGCAACCGCCGCCGCCGCAACCGCCAAAGACCACCAUACCCGGACCACCCUCUUCAUCAUCCUCGCCGCCUCCUUCUUCUCCCUCCUCUUCAUCCUCUCCCUCUCCUCCUCCUCCUCCUCCUCCUCCGAGCCCUCCCAGCCUUCCUCCCGCCCUCCCCGGCCCGACCCGUUCCUCUUCCCCAACGCCCAGUCCCACCGCACCGUCUUCCCCACCGACCCCUCCUCCUCCUCCGCCUCCGACGACGGCGCCGACGCCGACGCCCCCCCGCCGCCCUCCGUCGCCUACUUCGUCUCCGGAUCCGCCGGCCACUCGGCCCGGAUCCUCCGCCUGCUCCGCGCCGUCUACCACCCCAGGAACCACUACCUCCUCCACCUCGACCGGUUCGCCCCCCAGGCCGACCGCGACGCCCUCGCCCUCGCCGUCCAGUCCAGCCCCAUCUUCCGCGCCGCCCAGAACGUGGACGUCCUCGGCCGGGCCGACUUCGCCUACCCGAAGGGGUCGUCCCCGAUCUCCGCCACUCUCCACGGGGCCUCGAUACUGCUCCGGCUCGCCCCACGCUGGGAUUGGUUCGUCAAUCUCAACGCUCUUGAUUACCCGCUCGUUACUCAAGAUGAUCUGCUUCACAUACUGUCCUACUUACCCAAGGAUCUGAAUUUUGUGAACCACACCAGUUACAUUGGAUGGAGAGAGUCUAGGAAGUUGAGACCGAUCAUUGUCGAUCCGGGUCUUUAUCUCUUGGAGAAGACUGAAAUGUUCUACGCCAGUCAGAAGCGCGGUUUGCCUAAUGCAUACCAGCUCUUCUCAGGUUCAACCUUUGGAAUUUUAAGCCGUAACUUCAUCGAGCACUGCAUCCUAGGAACUGAUAACCUCCCCAGGACUCUCCUCAUGUAUUUGUCAAACACGCCUUCGUCCCUUUCAAACUACUUCCCCACCAUACUAUGCAAUUCUCAUCAAUUCAAUCGUACCGUUGUAAAUACUAACUUACAAUACACUUCUAACAAAUCCAUGAAGGGGGAAUAUCCUGAACUAGAUUCGAAUGACUUUGACAAUAUGAUAAAGAGUGGAGCGGCCUUUGCCUCCUCAUUCCCAAUGGAUGAAUCGGUUCUUGACCGGAUUGACCGAGAGAUUUUGGGGCGCUAUCCCGACAAAGUGGCACCUGGCGGGUGGUGCUUGGGUGAAUCUAGAAACGACACCUGCUCAAUUUGGGGAGAUGCUGAUGUAUUGAGGCCCGGACCUGGAGCAAGAAGACUGGAGAAGUUUUUAGUCAACUUCUUGUCCAACGGUACUGUUCUGUCUCAGCAGUGUGUGGUGCUCGAUUGACACAGUCCCACUUGUAGAAGUUGUCGGAAGAACCUUGGGGGCCAAAUUUUCGUGACCGAGAUUCCUCAAUCUGCUGAUUCUUUUUAGCUAGCAGUCAUGGCCAUCGGGGUUUGGCCAAGAUUGGUGACAUCAAUUAACAAGGCAUUACUACAUGAAAGGAUGGUUGUGGCCAACCUCAUUUAGUGGGAAAAGGAUUGGUUUUUAUUCUUGUGAUGUGAAAUUCCACUUGUUCCGCUGCCAGUGCUGACCAGUUCAGCCCGUUGGAGGUGGAUUGCUGUGCAGAUGUUCUGAUCCAAGGAAUGAGGAACAUGGUGAGCUACGGUUUGCCAUUUUCAUACUUGGGUGCUUUGCUAUGAGAGAUUUAAAUUUGGAACAUCCUUGUAAAGUUAACAUGAAGCAUUUGGAUGAAGAUUGGUUGCUUGCAAGAAUGGGCUCUCUUUUCCA